GGAAUGAGGGGCUGAAAUUAAAAACUUUAGCUGUGACUUGUAUUAACACUGAAGCUUCUCCUCGGGGAUGAUUUUGGAGGGCUUUUUCAAAAUUCUUUCCCAUUUGGUUAUCAUUCUCCAAUGCUCAAAACUCACCUCAAGGUUAUCUCAAUUCCCCCAACACCGCUCGUGUGCAAGUUUGUGUUGCAAACAUUAUUUGGGAGUUGGGACAACACAGUUGCUACCUAUGCUUUGAACUAUGCAAAUUCAAGAAAUCAGUGAUUGGAAUUUGACUCACUCAAGUGGACCUUAUGGUGGGAAUCUUGCCAAAGGAUCUAGUGUUACAUUCACUGGUUAAUUAGAAUCAAUACAUGAUUAUAACAUUAAUUCAUGCAUUAAUGGAGGACAAUGCUUGCAUUAUACUCAAAUUGUUUGGCGCAACUCUGGUCGUUUAGGGUGUGCAAGGGUACAAUGCACUAAUAAUGGUGGUUCGCCACUUACAAUUACGAUCCCCCGGGAAAUUAUGUUGGCCAAAAACCCUAUUAAUUACAACUUACAAUUUAAUAUGACAGAGCUAAAAGGGUCUCAGUCAUAUAUAUAUUGUUUUUGGCAAGUUUUUGAAUAAUCUCUAAAUGUGUCAUCCUUUUGACAUAUCAAGUACUGAUAUUUUGUGUACUAUAGAAUUGGUAUAUCGAUUUUAGUGCUCCCAAAGCUGUGUAUCUCUAUGUUCUCUUUUCUCUUUUUAAUUAUGAACAUGAUGUGUAGAUAAGGCAAAGUCUUCAAUAUCUAACUUAGAUAUUAAUUAGGUCCAAUUUCUAAAUUCAAUAAUCACUUUUACUUGCGUUUAAAGAGUUACCAUUUCGAAACGCAAUGUAACCAACAAAAAAAAAGUUACCAUUUCGCAUCAAUUUAAAAUAAUAAUUGAGUAAACGAAUUUUCUAUGUUCCAGACCAGACAAAAACCUAUUCUUAGCAGAUUUUCAAUCCAAAAUACUAAGUGAUACUUAUUGUGCCCUACGACACAUACAAGUGAGUUCCUUGAUUAAAUUAUCACCCUUUAACCAUCAUUGAUCGGUGAUCUGCAAAUCACACCAAAAUUUAUGCAACUGUGAAACUGUUUUGUGCACCGGUCUCAUUACACAUUACACAUCAGCUAUAAAAGGAAUGCAACCUAUGGUGAAAGCUAUAUUAUUCGGAAAACUGUGUCUGAAUAGCAGACCUAUAAUUUUAUAGGAUAACUUGUGUGCAAAUUUUCAGAGUCCCUUUAAGUCUUGAGGAAGCUUCUAGACUGUUUUUUGCUCAGAGUUUGGAAGAGUUGAAGAAGGUUGAAAGAGAUGAGAUCAAUCCAAGUGGUUAUUAUGAUUCGCAACACACCAAAUCCUUCACCUCAACACCCUUCAAACGUCAGGUACUUGUAUUUGAAUAAUGAUGUCUACUUCAGCAAAUGAGGUAAUGAUUUUACCAAAGAUUAAGAAACUAAGGCAUGAUGAUAAUGAAGACAGAUUGAAUGAAUUAACUGACAGUGUUCUCAUCUACAUUUUGUCAUUUUAAAUACCAAACACAUUCGUUCAAACUUGUGUUUAAUGGAAACAUCUUUGGAAAAAUAUUCCCACCCUUAAAUUGCAUUACACUGACUUUUCCACUUUGAAGAGUUUUGACAAAUUUGUGUUUAGGAUUUUGUCUCUUCAUGAUGCCUCAACUACACUUCACACUUUCAAUCUUAAGCGCAAUGGUAGUAUUGGGUCUCGCCUAAUUAAAAGGGUUGCAAACUAUGUUUUAUUCCGUAAUGUCAAGCUCCGUCAUUUAGGAAUUGAUGUCAAAUGUGUGACAUCUUGCCUUGCAUUUCUUCAUCACUCUACCAUCACUGAACCUAUUUGUUGCCACUAAAGGCCAUCAUAAUAAUGGGAGAACAUUAUUUCCAAAAUAUUUGGAUUUGCCAACAUUAACGAACUUGCACCUAGAAUAUUUUUCCUUUUUGGCUAGUGACGAUGGCCCGAUUAAUCCCUUUUUGGGAUUUAAAAGUUUAACUAGUUUGAUCCUUCGCAAUCGUAAUGAAUGGUGAACACGAGUCCUUAGCAUACCAAAUGUGAUGCUUAUCAAUUUAACCAUGCAUGAUAGUUCCAUACUCAAUUCCAAACUUCAGUUAUCUGCUCCCAGUCUUUGUACAUUUACAUUUAGUGAUGCUUUUCCAAGUCGUGAGAAUUGCUCUUUAUGCUUAUUACGCUGGCUGUUAGAUCUUUAUAGUGUACAGUUAUUGACACUCUGUAGGUACUCUUCUGGUACCUUAACUUGACAUGUUUUGAGGCUUUAAUUUUACUUUCUUCUUAAGAUACUUUUUUUUUUUUGGUUUCUAAAUUUUGUCUAAAAUAUUUUGACUUGUGUUAGACUGAUCCUAACUCAUCCUCACUUUUCAUUGCUCUGGUUCUCUCUCUCUCUCUCUCUCUCUCUCUCUCUCUCUCUCUCUCUCUCUCUCUCUCUCUCUCUCUCUCGUUUCAUAUUUAUGGGUGGAGCUUAAGAUUUAUUCCUGGUGUAAGUUAAAGUCUCUGAAAGUACUGAUCAAAUUAUCUUUAAGCAUGCCUUAUGGAAUAGUGGACUUCUUGCUUCAAACUGGCAAAGAAGCCAAAGAAAACUGGUUCUAUGAACCAGUCUGUAGAUCUCACUUCACCGUUUCUAUCCCGUACGAAAUAGAGCGAAGUGUUUGCUUGGAUGUGUAAAUCGUCAAUUUCAAGGUACCGGUAGUUAUCUGAGUUGUAAUGUCUAGUUUAGCGCAUGAGAAAAUGAUUCCACCCGACAACAAGAGAGGGAGGCAUGAUAAUAAUGAAGAGAAUGAAGAUAGGUUGAGUGACUUACCUGAUUGUGUUCUCCUUCACAUUUUGUCAUUUUUGAAUUCCAAACACGCCGUUCAAACUUGCGUUUUGUCCCCCAAAUGGAAGCAUCUUUGGAAAUGUAUUCCUACCCUUAUAUUGCAUUCCUCAGAAUUCUCCAAUGCAAAAAAAUUAGCCAUAUUUGUGACUAAGAUUUUGAAUCUUCGUGAUACCACCACACCUUCACUGCACACUCUCGAUUUUGAGCGUUUGGGCAGUUUUGAACCUCAACGGACUCUCAAAGAGAUUGUAAACUAUGCUUGUUCCCAUAAUACCCAACUCAAGCAAUUAGGAAUCUGUGUUAAAGGUGAUAGUAGUAUCAUUUUUCCUCGCAUUUCUUCAUGCCAGGCUCUUACGUCUCUUAAGCUUUGUGUUUACCCUAAAGGUCUUUAUAGUAAUGGGAAAAGAACAUUAUUUCCAAAAUCUCUGAAUUUGCCAGCAUUGACUAGCUUGGAUCUAACUUAUUUUGCAUUUUGUGCUAGCGACAUUGCUGAUCAUGCCGAACCCUUUUCAUCAUUUAAUUGCUUAAAUAAUUUGAUCAUUUCUAAUUGUACUGUAAUGGAUGCCCCGAUUCUAAGAAUAUCAAGUUCAACCCUUGUCAAUUUAGCUAUGUCUAAUAAUUCAUCUGACUUUACCAAAAUUGAGUUAUUCGCUCCUAGUCUUUAUACCAUUACUUUUGAUGGUGUUCCUCAUCAGAGACUGUGUGGAAGCAGUCUUUCUUCAAUUAAACAAGUAAAUAUUGAAGCGGACAUAUUUUCAAAUACAUUUGAGGAGCUUCCUUUUGUUCUAUUCAGCUGGCCGCAGGACCUUAUUAAUACAAAAUCAUUGACAGUCACUGCGAGUAAUCUUAAGAUUCUCUUCUUAGUUCCUGAUUUAUUCAAGGCUAAACUCCCUUCAUUGUUGUGUAACUUGAAGACACUGAAAGUAUGCAGUCGGAUGAAAUGGCCCACCAAACUACGUUUGACUUUCGAUACAUCAUCAAACGAAGAUACAGUUGAGAAGAGCCAACCCAACACCCGUUCCCCACCUCAAGAUAACAGCCUUUGAAGAGCGUCAACCUUACAAGUUACAAUGCCUUCUGUGUCAACCUUUCUUUUGGAUUGUAGUUCAAAGUAUGCCUUGGGAUAUUAGAUAUCAGAUAAGUGACUGAAAUCAGUUUGCCGAAUGCUGACUAUAUCAAUCAUGUUGUACGAUUUGACAUGCAUUAGGUCUGUGUUUUUGUUUUUGGGAGCCUAAAUGAAUCAUUUAGUUGUUACUAGAUAUUUUUAUCGAUGAUUUCUUUGGUUUUUAUAUAAUUCUGUUUUCUGGUGUUGAUAA